CACGAGACUGUUUCAGUAACGCGGCAUUUGCUGAACGCAGCGCUACUUCCGUUCUUCCAGCUCCCAGUGGAACGAUCUCAAAGGAAACCAAGGACUGGAGGCAUCACAGACACAAUGACGACCAGCGAUGAGAUGGGCAUGGGGGGCAACUUCUGCCACGACCACAUCCAACAUCCCCUGAUGUGGUGUGACGAGAAGAAGCGUCUCGUGGAGCGUAAAAAUGCGGAGGAGAGCCUACGCAUGUGGCGGCGGAGAAAGGCGGAGGAGUGUGCCCGCAAGGAAAAGGACAAACAGGAGUACUACGACCUCUUCCUACAGCAUUGCCCUUGGGGUCGACCGGGAGGGGGAGCUCCUAAUAUAGAAGUACGCCGCAAGGAUAUCACAGCCGUUGGUCUUCAUUCCACACCAACCGUGGCAAGUAGUCCCUCUUCAGCUGAUUCCCAAAGCACUACGCUAAUCGAAAGGUGCAUCCCCCAGACCACUGCCCACCGGAUGAACUCCCUGCAGCCGUGUCGCUACAACGACUACUUUUCGGUGCAGAAAAAGUGCCAGAACAAUCCGCUGGCUGCCUAUCACCAUCAUCAUCAUCACCAUCCGCCGCCGCCUCCGCCAGGGGGGCGUUUGGGCCAUGCCCAUUCCAUACACCACCUACAGGAGAGCGGACCCCGGAGCAGCACCGUGACAAUCUGUGAGAGGGAAAUCCCCCACAAGCACGGCGCAGGAGUGGGCGUUGGCCUGGCCAAGAACGCCAAUGGUGAGAGUCUGCACAUCCAGCUGAAAGAGCAUCCUUCAAUGUCGUUUCGCAAUAAAGGACACGUGGAUAUCGAGCUGCGGUACAAGCCCUCGCCGCCCUGCAAGGGUAAGCCGCUGCUCGAGAAGAUCGUCGUCAGCGAGAGCGACCAGCGGUGUCCGCUCCAGGAGAAGCUUGCCUCGCAGAAGAAGCGCCUGCAGGCGAAGCUGGAAAAGCCGCCCUGCAAGGAGCCGUGGGGCAAGCCAGGGCCUGGGGGCAAGCCCUGGCGCAGUCCCAAGGAAGUGGGAAAUACAUUCAUGAAAUCGUUGGGCUGGACAAACAAGGAAAUGCUCAAGGAACUUGAUCAGGACAAUCCUGUGACUCCGGCGGAGAAAAACACAUUCCGCAAAUCGAGACCCAACAAACCGCCGAAGCCGCAGCGAUGCUGCGAGCACUGCACCUGCACCUGCCCCGCCAUGAACAGCCCGCUGAAGCCGCCGCCGCCGCCGUGUACGAGGGCGCUGCCACCUGCCCCACCCAAGAUGGUGCACCACCUGAAACCGGAGGACUGCAAGCCCAUCAGGCUGUGUCCACGCAUGGCCCGCGGGGACACCAGCACAGCCACACCCAAUGUCAGCGCCACCAAUGGGGGCAACGAUUGCAACGGCGAGGGCGGGGGCGUGGAGCUGGUGCCGCUUCUGGCGCGCAGACGGGGCAUGCACCGGCCGAUAAGCCUGUCCAGCACGGAUGUGACCAAGAGGACGCCCUCGCAUGAUAGGUACGCAUCCAAGCACAAGCCCAAGAACAGUCAACCGACCCAGAUCAAGUGCAUCAACAGCAUCAUCAAGAACAUCGGCCACAUGAAGCGGCUGCCCAAGAAUCUGAGCUGCAAGCUGCAAUGUUGCAGCUGCGAUUGCCCCACAGCCACGGCCACGGGCUGCUGCCUCAAGCGGCUCACAUUGCACAUUCGUUAGGCAUUCGUCCAGCCUCCAUUUUCCCUUAGCAUACCCCCCACACUUCCAUUUCCGUUUCUCAUUUGCUUGCUCUGCGCCAUAUUGAAAAGAAAAGAUAGCAAAACAAUCCGCUUGCCACUUACCCGACCCCCCGUCUUUUAAGUCUAUCAUUUUGCAUUGUUAAUGGUUUCUCUACCCCCACUUCUUCUCGGCUUAUUCAGCAAAAAGAAAAUAUCCAUUGUAAUCCAAGUGAAAGUAUAGCAACCAAAAGAGCAAACCCAAUCUCACCAAAAACCAAAUACCAAAAACAAAACUAAAUCAACAAAAACCAAAUCAUAAUACCAAUCUUCUAUGUAUCCCCGUGCAAAACGAAACGAAUCGAACCGAA